AUGUCCUCGCAGGACAGCUCUAGCAGCAAUCAGUCUUUGGAUAAGUUCUUGAAGGAGAGGAUGGCUCCGGUCAUCAUCGCUGGUGGCGAGGUUAUCGAAAACAGGAACCUGAGCAUGGAACUCUCCCGCACUGAAAGCAACAGAAGCUCUGUUUUCCGACGGCCGAGUGUUGAGUCUCGAAACAGCUCCCAGGUGUCCUUGGCGUCUCGUGAAGUCCCCAAGAGAACCUUAUGGCCAUCCCCGUUUCCCCGAAAUUCCGGGCAAAGCUCAUCGCUAAGUGCCCGUCGACCCUCUGAGAGCAGCGAGUCUGAUUUCCCUGGGAAAAAGCCGACCAUAGCGCUUAGAAGAUCCAUACAAAGACUCAAGUCUGGAAAGCAGGAUUCGCCGAAAAUACCCAAGCCGAUCAUUACUACAACUCCUGUUAUGUCACCACCGUUGACGAGUUUGGAUGCCAGCAUCCUGUCAAAUGACUCCCUCGCAGAACCUUCGAUGAUCCCAAACGCUGUAUCAUCCGCUUCGACAGAUCUCUCCGCCCCUAAGAAGCUCAUCAAAAAGGCGCGAACUCCGAGGUGUUGGAAUCUGUUUGGUCGAUCACAGGCCGAGAAGGACGAGUCUGCGCCAAAAACCGUGACUGCCACUGUCAAGGUUGUACCGAGCAAGCCGGUUGCGUUCUACACUAUAUUGGACGGAUCAGAGCAGGAUGACAAUGAAUCGUUGGAUGUGGAAGAGGUUCUCCGUGAGGCCAAGGUCAUACCUGAUACCUUGGGACAAAAUGGAAGCAGAAGACCGCCUGUGGUUCAGAACUCGACCACAGCUGCCUCUCCGAGUACCGCUCAGCCUGUUUUUGAGCCAGCAACCAGGGUCGGGCGAGCUGCGACAGUCCCAGAAACGAUUCCGAAUCAGCGUCUUGCGUCUACUUCACAGGCGGACCCUCUCCCGGCAUCAGAACAACAGCCUACCUCGACGGAUACCACCAAGGUGACGAGCCGGCCAAGUAGGCUUCCACAGAUCGGCCGCAUCCCGAAGGUUGGGAGCACCAAAACUACCCUGACGUCCCCAAAGAGUUCCUCAUCGAGACAAAUCACUCGGCUCAGCACACUGAAAACAUCACCAAAGCCUGUCACCCAAGACGAUUCGAAGGGCAAGGAGCCCAGCGUUCCUAGUCAAACCAUGACACACCCAGACGAUGAUGGACGCGUGUUCAAAGAUCCUUCCAAUAUCUCGGCCUUAAUCCAUUGUAUUCCACGCUAUUCGCCGCCGAUUCCUCGCCAACCUGCGCAGGAGUUCCUCUCAUUUUCUCCUCCGCAAGACUCGACUACGACGACGGCGUCAUCCGACAGCUCGUGUGCUUUCCCCAACUAUGCCAAUGCGAUCGGGAUUGUACCGGAAUCCCAUGCUCCUCUCACUGAGGACGAAAUCUGGGAUGAGUACAAUGACCUGCUUGGAGAGGACACGAUCCAGUUCUCCGCAAUGGAGGGGCCAUCGGUUCCCAAACCCCUAAGGCUUGAGAGAGAUAAGGCGAAGGAGAUCGAACCAUCUCUUGAGUCUCCAACGCUCAGCCCUCCUCCUUUAGGCAGCCUCGUCGAGGUGCUGCGAUCAUCGAGUGUUCGUGGCUCUGAUGUCCUGCAACAGGCCACAAGGGGAGUGAACGGUGAAAGGAUAUCGGCUUUGCCAACUUCAAUUCCGGAGAGCGGAAAUCUGGCCACCACGGACGACAGCAAUCCAGAAGCCGAACCGAACCAAGAAAUUAUCUCACUUGAGAAACAGGUUCGGCUGUCAGAUGCCAGUGGAAGCAGUCAAGGCUCGGAUGAUUCCUCGCCGCUCGCUCAGGUCAACCUUCGCGUCGGCUCCAUGACAGUGAGCAAGUGGCUUACUUUCGGUCAUGUUUUGUUCAGUCCUGUCCGCGACGAGCUGAUUCCCGUCUCCGGCUCUCUGAAUCGUCCUUCGAUUCUGGUGAUUGACGGUCUAGGCAAUGAUGACUGGUCCUUUUACGCCGCAGAGACAUAUCCGGCUGCGACUUUCUUCAACCUCUCUCCUCGCGCUCCACUCCCAGCAGAAUACCGGACCGAGUCAUCAUUUCCGCUUACUCCUCCAAACCACCAUCAAGUCCAGUAUCUUUCGUACAGGGAUAAAUUUCCAUUUGGCGCCAACAGCUUCACCGCCGUCGUCUUUCGUUUCCCUGCUGCGGCCCCCGAGAGCCAUUACCGCAACAUCAUUUCAGAAGCCCGUCGUGUCCUCCAACCUGGUGGAUAUAUUGAGCUCUCGAUCCUCGAUGUGGAUUUGAACCAAAUGGGCAAUCGUUGCCGCCGUGCAGUGCGCCGGCUGAAGGAGCGGAUUCACAUCACAUCCCCCGACAUCAGCCUUGCCCCUGCGUCUGACCUGAUCCUUCGGCUCAUGGGGCGGCGCGGCUUUAUCGACAUUAAGAGUUGCCGUGUUGGUGUCCCCGUUGCGAGCUCUAUUGCGAAAUCCCUCUCAGGAACCAACAGCAGCGACCCUAACAAGUCGGUGGAGGAGAAAAAGAAGUACAAGGACAAGCGCAGCCUCCCGGAGAUGAUGGACGAUGAGAGCCCUGUUGCAGAUGAAAGCAUUGCCAAGUCUGUUGCAAAGGUCGGCCGCUGGUGGUACACACGUUGCUACGAGAGUGCAGCUGGCGUCGGAAUAGACGGAGAUGACAAUGAGCAGCCGAGCUAUCGCAGCAUGUGGAGCGAUAAGGCACUGCUCGCCGAGUGUGAGCAGUGGGGUACUAGCCUGAAGCUGAUGGUUUGUCAUGCGAGAGUGCCAGAGGGGCCAGCGCGUGUCGCAAGUAUUUGA